AUGGCGGCCAAGGACGGACCUCAGCUGGCCGAGCUGGUGCACCGCAGCCUGCCCUUCACCAUCCACGGCGUCAAGUGGGUCCCCGGCACGGCCCGCUUCGUGGUGCUGGGCAGCCGGCCGCGCGGCACCGGCGUGCUGCAGGUCUACGACCUGGAUGGGCUGGAGCUGCAGCAGGUGGCGCAGGCCGAGCAGCCGCACUCGCUGCAGUGCGGCAGCUUUGGGGCCAGCGCGGCUGCCGACGCACACCUGGCGGUCGGCACGCAAGCGGGCCAGCUGCGGCUGCUGGACGUAGCGCGCCUGGAUGCGGGGCCGCUGUUCAGCGUGCAAGCCCACGCCGGAAACGUCAACGCGCUGGAUGCCUUUGGCGGCCAGUCAACCGGCUGCGGCCCGCCAGUCAUCGCCACCGCCGGCAAGGACGGCGGCGUACGGGUGUGGGACCCGCGCCAGCCCGACGUGCCCGCCGCCGCCUUCCUUCCCGCGGCCGGCCCGCCGCCGGCCUCAUCCUCCGCAGCCGGCGGCGCCGGCGCGGGCGGCGGCGGCGGAGCCAGCGACUGCUGGUGCGUGGCGGUCGGCAACUCGUACAACCAGAUGGAGCGGUGCUUGCUUGCUGGCUACCAGAAUGGAGACAUCAAGAUGUUUGACCUGCGGGCGGCGCGGGUGCGGUGGGAGAGCAACGUCGGCAAGGGCGUGUGCGGCGUGCAGUUUGACCGGCGCGACAUCGCCAUGAACAAGUUUGUGGUCACCUGCCUGGAGAGCCAGCUGUGCCUGUUCGAGGCGCGCACCCAGCACCCUCGCCACGGCUUUGCGGCGCACACCCAGCGGCUGGCUGCGAGCGAGGGGCGGGAGGCCACGCUGUGGGGCGUGCACCACCUGCCCCAGAACCGAGACGUGUUCAUGGUGUGCGGUGGGGACGGCAGCCUGGCACUGCACAAGUACCAGUACCCAGACCAGAGGGCUGUCAAGGACGAGGAUGGCGAGGCGCGCGGCGUGGCGGGCAGCGCAGAGGUGGUGUGCGAGCGCACCAUCUCCUGCCAGCCGGUCGCGGCCUUCGACUGGAGCGGCGACAAGGCCGGGGCGUUUGUGGCGGCGGCCUUUGACCAGACGGUGCGGGUGGGCAUGGCCAGCCGGGUGGCCACGCUGUGA